GUGGUCGUAAAACUAAUGAGCAAUGGCAACUGACCACCACUUGAAUUUUUUUAGAUUCUGAUAAAAAUAAUUUAUUUGGAUUUAGAUGAUUUAGGAAGUAUAAAAGGAGAUGCAAAAUCACAAUCUGUAUCAGUUCAUUUGGUACAAUCGUAGCAAUCAAACUAAAAACAAACUUUUCAACAUGUUCAAAUUGUUCGUAUUGUCUGCUCUUCUUGCUUUGGCCGCUGCCAAGCCAGGUUAUUUGCACGGCGCAGCACCAGCCUUUGUAUCAGCUCCAGUUGUGUCAACCUAUGCCGCAUCUCCAAUUUCAUAUUCCGCUCGAGCUUACACUGCUGCUGCUUUUCCAGUUUCGUAUGCUGCUGCAUCAGCAAUCUCCACCUAUCAUGCUCCAACUCUUGCCGCUCCACUCCCAUACACACAUACCUAUUCAUACCGUGCAGCCGCGCCACUUUCUUAUAACGUAGCUCCAUUGGUCUAUAAAUCAGCUGCUUGGUGAAUAUCGGAUGAUCGACAAAAUCCAACGUCACAAUCAUCCACAUAAUUAACCACUGUCAAGGGAAAAUUCGAUAAAAUGUGAAUAGAUCCAAGAUUUUUCGCAAAAAAAUAUUUUUCAAACUGUAUCAAAAAUUUCAAUAA